UGACUUCGCCAGCACUGCCGAGCUCAGCACCGAGCUGGUUUCUGGAGAUCUCAUGUGAGAAACGGACCUAAAGCCCCUCUUUCCUCUCAUCCUGCGUCUGCGGCAGUUUUUAAACGGCUCUAUGCGGCUCUGCUUCUCCCCCUAUUUAACUAGGAAAAUGAGGACCGUCAACGCACUCGGAGUAUGACAAAAGAUUUUUGCAUGUUGGACUGCUGUUUGUGGCUCCGCAACUCUUGUUUUCAGUUAAAUGCCGGCGCGGUGAAUGCGUCGGACGGAGUGGACGAGCCUGCUCUUGGAGGUCCGCAUUGAGAAAGUCAACAUCUUGUCAUUGUUUUUCCCCACUUCAAAAGGAUGUAAUGACCAAUCUGCCGUGUGCAGGCUGAAGCGUCCCCAUCAAGAUGCAAAAGGGAAUACGACUUAACGAUGGUCAUGUCACCUAUUUGGGGCUUUUGGCGAAGAAGGAUGGUACGAGGCGAGGGUGCUUGAGUAAAAAGAGCUCGGACAACACGAAAUGGCACACAAAGUGGUUCGCUUUGCUGCAGAACAUGCUAUUUUAUUUUGAGAACGAGUCAAGCUCUCGGCCUUCGGGAUUGUACUUGUUGGAGGGAUGCAUAUGCGACAGGGCGCCUUCACCGAAGCCUUCUCUGUCCGCCAAGGAGUGCUUGGAAAAGCAGUAUUACUUUACAGUCAACUUCACCCAUGAAAACCAAAAGGCUCUUGAGUUGCGUACAGAAGACGUAAAAGACUGUGAUGAAUGGGUGGCUGCAAUAUCACACGCCAGUUACAGAAACUUGGCCACCGAGCAUGAGUCUCUCAUGCAGAAGUAUCUUCAUCUGCUUCAGAUUGUUGAGACAGAGAAAACAGUUGCUAAGCAACUUCGACAACAGAUAGAAGAUGGCGAAAUAGAGAUUGAAAGGCUCAAGUCAGAGAUCGCCGGACUGCUCAAAGACAACGAGAAGAUCCACGCCAGCCCUGCGGCCGCCCCGUCAGAGGACGACUCCGAAAUCAAGAAGAUCAAAAAGGUUCAGAGCUUUCUGAGAGGCUGGAUCUGCAGGAGAAAAUGGAAGACGAUCAUCCAGGACUACAUCCGCUCGCCUCACGCAGAGAGCAUGAGGAAGAGGAACCAGGUGGUGUUCAGCAUGCUGGAUUCAGAGGCCGAGUACGUCCAGCAGCUUCACAUCCUGGUCAACAACUUCCUGAGGCCGCUACGCAUGGCCGCCAGCUCCAAGAAGCCGCCGAUUACACAUGACGAUGUCAGCAGCAUUUUCCUCAACAGUGAAACUAUCAUGUUCCUGCAUCAGAUAUUUUACCAGGGUCUGAAGGCCAGAAUAGCGAGCUGGCCAACAUUAGUGCUGGCUGACCUCUUCGACAUUCUUUUGCCCAUGCUGAACAUCUACCAAGAGUUCGUGAGGAACCACCAGUACAGCCUGCAGAUCCUGGCUCACUGUAAACAAAACCGGGAUUUUGACAAGCUGCUGAAGCAGUAUGAGGCCAAACCCGACUGUGAAGAACGAACUCUGGAGACUUUCCUCACUUACCCAAUGUUCCAGAUUCCAAGAUACAUUCUGACACUCCAUGAGCUUCUGGCCCACACACCUCACGAACACAUAGAGAGAAACAGCCUGGACUAUGCCAAAUCUAAGCUGGAGGAGCUUUCAAGAAUAAUGCACGAUGAGGUGAGCGAGACGGAGAACAUCAGGAAGAACCUGGCGAUAGAGCGCAUGAUCAUAGAGGGCUGCGAAGUCCUCCUUGACACCAGCCAGACGUUCGUGAGACAAGGGUCAUUAAUCCAGGUACCAAUGAGCGAGAAGGGCAAGAUCACCCGUGGGCGACUGGGUUCUCUGUCUCUAAAGAAGGAGGGGGAGAGGCAGUGCUUUCUCUUCUCCAAACAUUUGAUCAUCUGCACCAGGGGUUCUGGAGGAAAGCUUCAUCUCACGAAGCUAAAUCGUACAGAACAGAUGACACGGAUGAUGAAGAACGGAGUGGUCUCGCUUAUAGACUGCACUCUGAUGGAGGAGCCUGAGGGGACAGAUGACGAGUCUAAAUCGGACAAGAGCGGCCAGGACAUGGAGCACCUGGAUUUCAAGAUUGUUGUGGAGCCAAAGGACAGCCAGUCAUUCACGAUCAUCCUGGUGGCCUCCUCCAGGCAGGAGAAGUCUGCGUGGACCAGUGACAUCAGCCAGUGCAUAGACAACAUCCGCUGCAAUGGGCUGAUGAUGAACGCUUUUGAAGAUAACUCCAAAGUCACAGUGCCACAGAUGAUAAAGUCGGAUUCGAGUCUGUACUGCGACGACGUGGACAUCCGAUUCAGCAAGAUGAUGAACUCCUGCAAGGUGCUGCAGAUUCGCUAUGCCAGCGUCGAACGCUUGCUGGAAAGACUGACGGAUCUCCGUUUCCUCUCGAUCGACUUCCUGAACACUUUCCUGCACUCCUACCGCGUGUUCACCACCGCUGAUGUGGUGCUGGAUAAACUCAUCACUAUCUACAAGAAGCCCAUCAGUGCCAUCCCCGCCCAGUCCCUGGAGUUAUUCUUUGCCAGCAGUCAGAACAACAAACUCCUCUAUGGAGAGCCUCCGAGCUCUCCCAGAGCCAGCAGGAAGUUUUCCUCCCCACCUCCUCUUGCCAUCGCCAAAAACUCAUCCCCCAACCGCCGACGCAAGCUCUCUCUCAACAUCCCCAUCAUCACUGGGGGCAAAGCUCUUGACCUGGCUGCCCUCAGCUGCUCCUCAAAUGGCUAUGCAAGCAUGUAUUCCACCAUGUCGCCAUUCAGCAAGACCACCCUGGACAUCAACAAGCUUUACGUGUCCAGCCCGAUCACAAGCAAGAUCCCCGAUGAGGGAGAAGACAAGAAAGACAAGGUUGAAGACGCAGCCGUGUGCAAACAAGAUCUUUCUGUACGAGAAGAGAGCGACAAUGAUCAGAACCAGAGCGACGACGGGGACCCGGAAGCGUCUCCCACCAAGUCGCCGAGCACUCCAAAAAACGUCAAAUGCAAAAACUCCUCAGAGUUUUCUCUGUUUUCCUACAACAAUGGCAUGGUGAUGUCCUCGUGUCGAGAGCUCGACAACAACCGCAGUGCUCUGUCUGCUGCCUCGGCCUUUGCCAUUGCCACCGCUGGAGCCAACGAGGGAACGCCUACCAAGGAGAAAUAUCGGCGGAUGUCCCUCGCCAGCACAGGCUUCCCAACAGACCAGAGAAAUGGUGACAAAGAGUUUGUGAUCAGACGAGCAGCAACCAACAGAGUCCUGAAUGUGCUGAGGCACUGGGUGUCCAAACAUUUUCCGGACUUUGAGAGUAACAACGAGCUGAAGACAAAGGUUAUUUCCUUCCUGGAGGAAGUGAUGCAUGACCCUGAGCUGCUGACACAGGAGAGGAAAGCAGCAGCCAACAUCAUCAGGACUUUAACCCAGGAAGAUCACAGUGACAACCAGAUCACCAUGGAAGACGUGACACAACUGGUUGGAGGGGGGAAAGCCGAACCGUUUGAGAGCCACUCUGCCAUGGAAAUCGCAGAACAGCUAACUCUGCUUGACCACCUGGUGUUUAAAGUCAUCCCAUAUGAGGAGUUCUUCGGUCAAGGUUGGAUGAAGAAUGACAAAAAUGAGAAGACACCGUAUAUCAUGAGAACCACAAAGCACUUCAAUGAUACAAGCAACCUGAUCGCCACAGAAAUCCUGCGGUGUGACGACUUGGUCACCCGUGUCGCUGUCAUAGAGAAAUGGGUGGCUGUGGCUGACAUCUGCCGCUGUUUGCAUAACUACAACGCUGUACUUGAAAUCACCUCCUCCCUAAACCGCAGCUCCGUUUUCCGCCUCAAGAAGACUUGGCUCAAGGUUUCCAAACAGACAAAAGCACUUAUUGAUAAGCUCCAAAAGCUCGUUUCAUCAGAGGGGAGGUUCAAGAACCUCAGAGAAGCUCUGAAGAACUGUGAUCCUCCCUGUGUGCCAUAUCUGGGGAUGUACCUCACUGAUCUGGCUUUCAUUGAAGAAGGAACACCAAACUACACCGAAGACAAUUUGGUUAACUUCUCUAAGAUGAGAAUGAUAUCUCACAUCAUCAGAGAAAUCAGGCAGUUUCAGCAAACAGCAUAUAAGAUUGACCUGCAACCAAAGGUAGCCCAGUACCUACUGGACAAGAGCUUCGUUCUUGAUGAGGAAAGCAUGUAUGAAGCCUCACUCAGAAUCGAGCCUAAAGUGCCCAACUAAUGGGGAAAGUGGUCCUUCACACUUAGUUUUCUUUGUUAAUAUUACAUAUAAGUUACCAUUCAUAUUUCCAUUUGUAUAGCUGUACAUGUUAAAUAUUUGUUCUUCUGUACAGUAGAUGUUUAAAGUUGUUUGAUGACACAAAACACUUUGAUGUUUUUUUUCUGUUUUUUUUUCUUUCUUGUCAUGUUGACACCUGCUUUAGAGACUUUUCAUUUAACUGAGUAAUUUAAUGAUAGUAAUAAUAAUAAUAAUAAUAAUAAUAAUAGAGGUCACUGUAGUUGCAUGCAACCGUGUUUCUUAGUGACCAAUGACAUUAUUUUGCAUCAUAUACUACUGUGUCGAAUUUGCACUUUCUGAGCACUAAUGCUGCUGGCUGUUGUUCAGCAGGCUUGAGUUUUAUUGUUCGUUGAAGUUCUCUGCAACCAAUGUAGCAUUGUAUAAAUAAAUUGCAAAAAAUAAAAAUAAAAAAAAAAUCAGGUAAAAGAGCCCAGAGGAAUAGUAAAAUAGUAUUUUAAAAGAGGGAACAAUGAUCAGUGGAAAUGACAGCAAGAUAUCCAAAGCAUUUGUGUCUCUGUGCUUCCCAAACCAAAAAAAGGAAGAGAUUUAUGUCUUCGUUUUUGUUUAUUUGUCUAAACUGUGGUCCCAACUCUUUCCUAUCAGUUCCAAUCAUUUUUAUUAUGAAACAAACAACCUAAUCUGACUGACUAGGAAUGAAGUUUAGAUGGAGCUUUGUAUUUAGUCAUGUUAUGGUUUGAAAAUGCUCACGUAAUCCUCCUCACUUCUACUAAGGUACACAUAGUUAUGUAUCUUAGUUUUUUUCUAAAAUUAUUCUAAGCUCUAUGGCUUGUUUGGCAUUCAAAAGUGGGUUGCUGAUGAUCACACUGCAAGUCUGAUCUCUUUUAGAAACAGCACUACCCAAUGACAACGUUACUGUCCGCAAACCUCACAAGGUUCUGCUAUGGAAAGGUUUUCUUGAACAUAGAGGUGCUCCUACGUUGUAGAGCAGUGGUUCCGGCAUUUUCCAGCUGCUAAAACAUGCAAUAACAGUAAUCCUACAGUGACUCUGGUUGGAGUUCAUAAACGUUUCUUAUACCAUUUUUCUGGGUGAAUACUCGAUUCUGAUUGGCUGCGGAGGGUCCGUUAAAAAGUGCCUAUAAAAAAGUUUGUUAGCAGGUAACGGCAAGACAGUUGAUGCUGAUUAUCUUGGCAACAUGUCACAACGAGAUUUUGAAUAGUUCUCUCAGCCGCUUCUUGUGAAAAUCUUAUGAUUUUAACUGUGAGAAUUUAAGAAAUAAUUUAACAGAGAUUUUGAGAAAGUAUUAAUAAUUGAUUUAAUAUUUAUUUAUUUCGGAAGUGACGAUGGUAUAAGCAGAAUAAUGUCCUACGAGUUGUCCAUUAUCAGAAAUUAAUGGCCAGUUCACGCCUCCGCGUCGUCCAUUAAUUUUUGAAAAUGGGCACCACGUCAGUCAUUAUCCCUUGCUCAUAUGCCGGUUACACAAAGGUAUACUGGGAAGUCUGACAACCAAAACAAUUAAUACUUUUUUCACAUUUCUCAAUUUUAUUAUUUUCUGAUUUGUAAUAAGAAAACAACAAACUCUAAAAUAGCAACAUUUUUAGGUGAUAAAAUUCAAAAAGUUGCUAAACUCGAUUAAAGGGCAUAUAUCAUCAGUUUUUACAACUUUUCAACUUUUUCGAUUUUGUUCAGGCUUGUAGCUGAAAAAUACAUAUUCAGUUAAUGACCAAAUUUAAGAAAUUUGUUCAAACAGCUGAAAAAUAAAACAUGCAUAAAGCACCCAUACCCACAAUCAAAGGUUGCCAAAAAGUGAUCAUGUUAACCAUGCAAUGGUAAACUCAUACAUGUCAAUGCAUAACAAAAUGGCUACCCAUAACAAAACAUAACUAAGUCUCCAGAACAAAUCUGAGUUCAUCAGACAAAGGUAGAUUGGUCCGUGAUACGAAGGAAAUAAGAAAAAAUGUCAUAGAUGCAGUAGCUUGGAGAAAACUGGCUCUCUACAAGGGAAUUAAAGCAGCACUGAGUAGGUUUUGACCUGAGUAUUAGCUUAAUUUGAGAUAUAUUAAAGGAUCUUUCAGGUCAACAUACAGCACUUAUCACGUAUGGAUGCUCAGUGGCCUUCUCAACAACUCGCCUAUGUAACUUGAGAGGGUCGGAUGUGUUGCUGAAUGGGU